CCAUUGUGAACAGCAAGAUCAUACAUCAGCAACACCUUUCAAUAUAAUUAAUAUCUGAUGUUAAGUUGAGAUUGAGAAGCCAACACACACACAUAUAUACAAGCUUCUACUACUACUACUACUACUACUCUUCUCCCUCAAAGCUUAAUUAAACUUGAACAAACAGAUCUAUCUAAGAGCCUGUACCUGUGAACAGGUCACUUCUCCACUAUCUCUCUCUCUCACUCACUCACUUUUUCCACUUUGAUGUUUUUGUUAGGUUGUUCCAUGAUUCUCUCACCCCACCAUUUUUUAGCUUGCCACAAAUCUCUCGGCUUCAAAUUUAAAUGCCAAGUAAGAAAAGUGUUUAGGGUAAAUAUUAAAGGCCUGAUUUUGCAUUUUUAUCCACUGAUGCAGGCAAGUCAGAGCACAUAUCAACUCACUUUAUCUGAAUUCUGUUUGAGACAGGGUUGGUAUCUAUAUAUCUAGAUGCAUGUUUGGAUGGGCAAAAAUUAUUUCGUAUGGUGCUAAAGCCUUCAAAAGUUAUAUGUGCAUUCAUUUAAAUGUGAUUUAUUCUAAAAGGAUCAUUAAUAGUUCCCUUCCUUUCAAAAGUUAUUCUUUCUAUACAUGUUUUGGACAAUGUUGUAACAAUACAAUACUAACUUGCUUUUGAAUUGAUUAGUGUAGAAUCCCUCAAGGUCAGUCUUUGCUCCUACUGGAUAAUUAACUUUUCCAACACCUAAAAUUCUCAUAUACAAUGGUCUGAAUAAAGAAUCAAAGAUCUAACAUUGGUAAAACAAUUAAUAAUAUUCUUUGUAUAAUAUUAAUGCCAAAGGUAUAUUAUAUCUCUUUUGUUAUUUCAAUUCUUGACAAAUUUAUUUGGACAUUUCAAAUUUUCAAGACUAGAAAUAAUUCUGGAUAGAUGACUACUGGUGCUGAGAGAUACCCUGAUUUCUUCAAAGUCUUCCUUCCCGAGCGGCACUCUGAAAGAAUGCUUAUACCAAAUGCUUUUGUGAGGUUGCCACAGUCACAAGGAAGGAUCCCUGAGGAUGUAAUCCUCAGAAAUAUAAGUGGGAGAGUGUGGCAGGUCAAAACACGCUAUAUCGGAGAGAAACUAUAUUUUGAUGAUGGAUGGAAUGCUUUCCACGAAGAAAACUGCUUAGGACAUGCAGACUUUCUUGUCUUCAAGCAUGACCGAAGUAAUGAGUUCAAGGUACUCAUCCUUGAAUCAUCAACACAGUGUCAAAAGCCUGUGGUAAAGAUGGAGGAGGAGAAUGAACAAGAGCAAGCAGCAGCGCAACAUGCUGAGGACUGUGAUAUAGAGGAGGAGGAAGACAGUUCUUCCAAGGAUGAGAACUAUGAUGACGACAGCGAUGACAGUGAUUUUGAUGAUGAUGAAGAGAGUAAAGAAGAAUUCGGUGCUGGAUUCAAGAGUCAAAGUCAUCAUAGAAGAGCUUGCAAAAGGGAGACUGCAUCAAGUUCCAACCCCGAUGCUGAAGAUCCUCUUCCAGAAUAUGUAUUUGAUCCAGAAAUGUGUAUUCAGCGUGAGAAUCAUUUUUUUAAAGCAAAGCUCUACAGAACUAGACCCAACGAAUUGCAUAUUCCAGGAAAUUCCAUUCAAGAAUUUUCCCUUACUUUUCCUGAAAAUUAUGUUACCCUUAUAUGUUGUCAACCCUGCCAGCGCAAGGACAUUCCAAUGAAUGAAUUGGGAGAUUAUCAUCAUAACUUGACACAACAGACACACAUCCGCAAAAAGUAUCAGGAAGUGACAGGAAGAGUGUGUAGGUGGCAAGAUCGAAUAUGCAUCAAGGGUUGGGCAAGCUUUUCUAAAAGGAAUAAGAUUGAAAGAAAUGAUACAUGCUUCUGUGAAGUAAUAUCAGGGGAAGACCAAGUAGUAAGAACACUUGAGGUGCAUGUUGCCAGGAGGAGAUGAACAACACUAAUACUGCCAGUGAUUUGAACUAUGGACUGAUUGCUUACUUUUAAUUACAUGCUGUAAAUAUUUUUUGGAUAGUACUUAUAAUUUUCUUAUGUAACCGUUUCGUCCAUUUUCUCAUGGAAUGAUAACCAUAUUUAUCUAUAAGUUGGUUCCAAUCAUUUAGCUUACACUA